AUGCGGCGAGGUACCGUGAUUCCGCACAAGUCGGAUGAGAACGAUGCCCUCGUGGAGUUUCAGAGCUGCUUGGGUGGCCUCGACCCUGACUUGUUCGGUAACAGCUACCGUGAUCGCUUUUAUGCGGCGAAAUUGAACCACGCUGACACGGCGUUCCUGACACACGAUAGUUUUUUCAGGGAUUCUCAGAAACCAUUCAAAUGGUUCGAAUGUUUGCUGUAA